AUGCCAAGCACGAUCAACCUGAAGAAAGCUGUUGAGUCCGCUGCUCCAGCCCUAAACACGUCCCAGCACCAUACAAACUCGAGUGCUUUGCACAGCAUCUACUUUGUCGGUGAUCUCCAGCCAUGGCCAGGCUUCCUCAGUGCUGUUCAGGCAUGCCAUGAGAACCGUACCUGGCGACAACAGACUCUGGGUUACAUGAUUCAAGCUCGAGAUCUGUAUGCGUAUGGAAAUGUCGAGGUUGGCGAUGAACACGGUGUCCAAGGCCGCUUCCAAAAGUUCUUUGGGGACGUACUUAACACUAUCUUCGAGUCACAAUCUACCACCGAGGAAAAAAUAAACAUCCGUUUCGCAGAUUUUAAAUGUAUCCAGUCUAUAUACCCCGGCACACCUGACGUGAUACUGAAGGACAUCAACCACGCCUUAAAGAUCGUGGGGGAGCUCAAGGCACCCUGGAUUGGCGAGCAUCAGAUGAAACGAAGGAUUGCCAAUAUGAGGCUUUUGAGAGAGACAUUGGCCCAGCCUAUCAUGUAUAUGAAGGAUCUGGGAUGCAUGUAUGGCUUUCUCAGCACAUACGAAGACACGAUCUUCUUGCGACAAGUCGUGGACAAUAAUGGCGUAUGGAGGAUUGAGUAUUCUCCUGUGAUCUUGUCGUCCACCACUUAUGAUAAACGCAUGACCACUUCCCCUGUUGUUUCUGUGAAGCAAUGUUUUUUCUAUGUGGGCCUCAAUACGUUGAACCAGGGGCCCGUCAAUAACAUGUCAACAGGGUGA